GAGCCGGGGGGGGGUGACUGGAACCAAUAGCGUGCAACAUCCUGCUAAUAUAAAGAAAAAAAAAAGAAAAAAACGACUCUUGAAAAACAAGAGCAGGGGAACCAAGCUGAGGUAACUCGCCGGGUCUGUAGGAAGAAUCCUGACAGCAGAAAUCGGGGAAACGAAUGAGAAAGCAAUCGAUCACAGCCUAUUGAUUACCAAAUUGUCUUUCUAUUUAAACGUUGAUUAAAGUACACAGAUGGACAACAGAAAUGCCCCUGAAGAUAAACCUGUCCAGCGCUCCAAAUCCUUCAGCUUCAAGACACCGAGGGAGGUGUGCUCGUCAUGUGAGAAGACCGUCUACCCCAUGGAGAGAUUGGUGGCUAACAACCUAAUAUUCCACUCGGCCUGUUUCUGCUGCAAACACUGCAACACCAAACUCAGCCUGGGCACAUUUGCUGCCCUUUCGGGUGAUUUCUACUGCAAGCCGCACUUCCAGCAGCUCUUCAAGAGCAAAGGCAACUAUGAUGAGGGCUUUGGCCGCAAGCAGCACAAGGAGCUUUGGACCUCCAAGGAGGGCGAGAACAUAACAAAGACUGCGUAGCCACGCCUGUCUGUGUCCCAACCGUUCUCCCACGGGAAAGGCUAUACGGACACUCCUGACCUGCAAACCGACUUUUAUUUUCAGAAUUGGUAAAGGUCAGGGUUAGUUUUAGAUUUUGGGUAGUUUUGCAGGUCAGCAGUAUCCUCCUGGUAUUUCCCAUCUCAUCCCCAAAGCUGCCUCUUCUCCACCUCCAACAUGUCAUGAGGGGUGCGGUCAACGCUCCUGUACGCUCGCUCCACAUCACGGAAGACAGACACAUGACCGGCCAGUCACGCCCCCUGUCGCUUGACAUUUUAUUUAGUAGGGUGUUUAUUCCUUUCAUUUGGUUUUAGUAUCAUUUUUAUUUUACAUUUGCUCUUUUGAAAUUGUUGAUUGUGACCAAACUGCUUAUUCACAAACCAGUGGUAUGUUUUUGCUGUCCUUUUGAGGACUACAUUAACAUUUGUUUUCUUGUUUAUUUUUCGGAUAAAUUUGCACCCUUUUGAAGCAACAGGCGCAAGGACCGUAUGCUCAGGUGAACAUAUGGUUAGAGAAGCUGGAGUUCACUCUAAGCUGUAGAGCAUACUCAGGUCAACCAUACUGAGCUAGGUUCAUUAGCAAGUUUGUACUAUUUUAUGACCUCUUUUUAGUUCCAUAUAGUCAAUUAAAUCUAACACCAAUUUUAAAGACCAGUCCUCUGCAUUGCGGUAGCACUGGCGGAAGACAAUUUGUGAGUUUGUCAGGGUUCACUUAUCUGAGAAACAAACACGGUACUGUAAAACUGUCACACGUUCUCUCUCUCUCUCUCUGGGUACAUUUAGUUGAAUUCUGUCUUAUUGUUCAAAUGUUUUUUUGCUCCUAUGAUCUGAAUGGCUGCUAGGGUUCGGUUCUGCAUGUUUGUCCUGUACGAGUCUUAGCUGUAUUACCUUUGGUCUGUACUGCCCUCCUGUGUUCUGGAUGACUUUUUAAAAAACGAAUCUGCUUCAUUGACUCUUAAUCUCACUUUACUGGUUUUAAAAUGCACUCUUUGCUCUUAUUUGCUGGGUUUGACUGUCGUGCGAUAAGUUGAUCUCACUCGUAGAGGCUUUUUUGUCUUUAUUCUGAAAAUGACAAGUAUCGCAUAGGUGUUUGUACAUAGCUUGUGCUUAGUGAACAUAUCGCACUAUACUGUGCACAUAUGACCAUGCAUGUUAACCAGACAAGUCAAUGUUAGAUUGACAGGGAACAUAGCCUAACAGGAAACCACAACUGUCACGCUAAUAUCCCCUUCUGCUUCCUGUCCAUGCAGAGCUGUCUGUUCAUGUACUAAAUUGGGCCAAGUUGGUGUGUAAAACUAAGCGGGACUUUCGGAUCUUUCAAGACAACUGUGAACUCUGGUGGGGGAACAAUGUCAAAUCCUGAUGUCUGUGAUCUGCCAGUUGGGAAAGUCGGCAUUAGAAAGAGGCCAGAGUUCCUGACGCAGAAUUAUGAGUUGGAUGACCGUCUGAAGAAAAAAAAAAAAAUCCCAUCAGCUUUUUUCAUUUUUCUGAGUUCCCUGUUGUCUUGAAUGCUCGAAAGUCUGAGAAUUCCGUGUUCUGAAUGUGGCAGAAAUUCACAUAUGACUGGGAUGUACUGACGGGGCCACAAGUGAAAUCGUAUAAUGUAAAAAAAAAAUAUAUAUAUAUAUAUAUAUAUAUUAUCGUGCUUCUCCAGUGACAUCUCAUCUGCCAACAUAAAUGUUUUUUUGAUAAAUACCUCAUGGCUUUCUUGUCUCGACUGCAUCACAUGAUUCUGAGCAGAGGUGGUGGAUUUGUGAAGGUGGUUCCCUUCAGGCUGUUUACCAUUGGGGGGGGGGACAAAUUGCCAGUUUGUCUGCUGAACAGGGUGGAUCUCCCAUCGACACCAAUGUGAUAGAUAGCAGCUGGGUCUGGUCUACUUUAUUGACUAAUGUAACCAGAAAGAUGGAGUGGGAUGUCUUGCUGCUUCUUCAUCUCUGAUUUUGAGCUCCAGGACCUAGUACUAUAUGAGGGGUGGACGCUAACAGGGAAUGUUGUUGGUCCUGGGGCAUGUUCAGGGGAAUUCCUACGCAGUGAGUAAAGCCCAGGCCUACAGUGCCCUGAACCUCAGUAGUGCCUCCUGGUGGGAGAAGAGAGGUAGGAAAUGCUUGAGUCAGUUCAGCCAGACCCAGUAAAGGCUUGAGAUAUUACAUAUCACACAAUUGUCAAUAAACAUGUUUGCCCCCAGUAAUUUCUUCUGUAUAGCUUUUACUCACUUUUUAAGAUGUGGGCGUGGCCUCGGGAUGAAACGGUUGUGCUACAGGUAUUUGGAGGUUGAAACGUUCUAAAGCGACACCUGCUUUGGCCAACCAACUCAAUAGACAAGAUUUCUAUUUUCUUCAUUCUUGCUUUAGAAUGAGACUAAAGCCAUUGAAUUACAUCAUUUGUGAGGUAUUCAAUGCCACAACACUUGAAUGACACAAUGUAUAUUGUGACGGAAAGUUUACUGUGAAUUAUAAACUAGGUGUUUCGAGCCCUGAAUGCUGAUUGGCUGAAGGCUGUGGUAUAUCAGACCGCGUACCACGGGUAGGAAAAAUUAUUUAUUUUUACUGAUCUAAUUACAUUGGAAACCACUUUAUAAUAGCAAUAAGGCGCCUUGGGGGUUUGUGCUAUGUUGGGCAUAUACCUCACCUCGGGCUUCAUUGUUUAAUUAGAGCAUGCUCUGCAGAAUAGAAAAUAAAACAUGUUACUUUUUGAUAAGUAAAGCCUUAGAAAUAAAUGGCAAAAACCAUGGCCUAAUAUUAUUGCUUUUUCAAAACAGUUUUUAUUUGUUAUUUUUUUUCAGUGCACAUACCUUCCUUUCUCCCUGUUCCAGCCUAUCCCCUGUGAAUGAAAAUAAUCUUUCUGCUUGUUUUCCACUUAGUCCGUGUGGUGGAUAUGAGUGGCUUCACUCAGCCAGAAGUUUAUGUACCCGCUCAUCCUCCACUCUCUCCUGAAUGCUUUUCAUUUUUUCAUUACAUUUCCUCAAGUUGUAAAGUUAUCUAUUUGUUUUUAAGAUUUUGUAACGGUCCUCGAGACCACCCAGAAUGCUUUGUAACCAAGAACAUCAUAUCAAAUAACACUGUGUCCAUAUCGUCUGUUAUGUGUGAGGAGUGUGCCAAGGUACAAUGGCGUUAUCCUGUGAAUAAACUUUCUUUGUAUAGAGA